AUGUAAAAACUGAUUAAUGAAUCUAACCCAAGCGAUUUUGUGAUAGAUGCAUAGAGUUCUAAAGCACCAAGUUCUCAAGAAUUCGAAUUUGAAACACAGUCUUUCACAAGCAAAGAAGAUCUCUUAAAUAAUUAGAACUUUAAACCAUUUUUGUAGGAAAGAGAUUCCACAGGUAAAUUAGUUGGAAAAGACAAGAAGUUAAAUUUUCUUAAAGGUUAACAAAUAGUGUUGUACACAUCAGGUUCAAAGAGACUUUAAUUUUCUACAACAUCUAUCUUAGGUCUCAAUUCUAGAGCUGUAACAGCAGAUGAUAGGAGAUUUGCAAAAAGAGAACCACUAAAGAAUUUUAAAUUGAAUUUGUAAGCUGAUUAGGGCUUCAUCAAACAGUUUCGAGAAAUCACAAAACAUGUCAAACCAUCAUCUUCUAUGAAUAGUGGAUUUUUAGGACCUCAUAGAGAUUAUUAUUAUAAAACAACAAAAACUCCAGGUCCAGGCGUAUAUUAAUCUCUUUAUAUUACAGCUACGAAUCCAAUUGAAUUUCCAAAGAGUCCACAAAUAAGUAAGCCUGCUUAGCCUGUUUGUAGUAAGGACUUUUAUGAUUUUAACAUGGUUCAGAAAAAUAUCCCUGGGCCUUCUUUUGUAAAAACUUAGAGUCGAGAUAGUGCAUAUUAAAGAGGAAUUUUCGCAUAAAUUGAGAUAGAAAAAAGAUAAACUUUGAAAUAAAAACCAGAAGAAUAUGACGAAUAAAGGAUUGAUAGAGAAAUAGAUUAUUUAUUGCAGCAAUAAUAAAAAUAUGGAAAAAUAUCAUAACCUAACUUGGCUUGGCCAGUUCCAUUAUAAAAAAUAGAAUUGCCUGAGAAAGUACAUGGAUAAUGGACUAAAAUGCUUGAACGAUAUGGGUUUAAGAAGUAAACAGGUGGCAGAUUAAUAAAAAAUACAACAGCUUUAUGA